UUGGGAGAAAAUAUAAAGAAAAAGGUAACUACCACAUUAUAAAUUUUAAAAACGGUUUUUUAUGAGUUUAAGCCUUUAAGGUCUUUUAUAACUUAUAUUUUCAUGUCACACAACUAGUGAAUAGACAAAAGAUGCAGAAGCUAUUAGAUGAGAUUCGAGGUAAUGCGAUGACGGUGUACGGCAAAGCAAGAAAAAGUAAGGAAAAGGAAAACACAAGCUACGAGGUGGAAGUAUUCACUUUCAAAAGCAUAACUGCAGCCACAAACAAUUUCUCAGCCGCUAAUAAGCUAGGAGAGGGUGGUUUCGGUCCUGUUUAUAAGGGAAUACUAAGUGAUAGGCAAGAGGUAGCAAUAAAGCGACUUUCUAAAAGUUCGGGACAAGGGCUAAUAGAGUUUAAGAAUGAAGCCAAACUCAUGGCCAAACUCCAGCACACUAAUCUUGUAAAGCUUUUAGGCUUCUGCAUCCAGAAUGAUGAAAGAAUAUUAGUCUAUGAGUACAUGCCAAACAAGAGCUUAGACUUCUACCUGUUUGAUUCAACUAGAAAGAAUUUGUUAGACUGGAAAAAACGCUUGAACAUCAUUGGAGGCAUUGCUCAAGGACUUCUUUAUCUUCACAAGUAUUCAAGACUAAGGGUGAUACAUCGGGACCUGAAAGCGAGCAAUAUAUUACUUGAUGAAGAGAUGAAUCCUAAAAUAUCUGACUUUGGCAUAGCUCGAAUAUUUGGAAAAAGUGUAUCAGAAGAAAACACAAAUAGAGUUGUUGGUACAUACGGUUACAUGGCUCCAGAGUAUGCAAUAUAUGGUGUAGUGUCUAUUAAGACAGAUGUGUUUAGCUUUGGUGUACUGCUAUUAGAGAUUCUUAGUGGCAAGAAGAAUCGUUGUCACUAUCAUUCAGAUUGCCAACUCAACUUCAUAGGAUAUGCAUGGCAGCUCUGGAAUGAAGGUAGAGCUCUCGAGCUAGUAGACCCAGCAUUAAAUGAAUUAAGUACACACAAUGAAGUUUUGAGAUGUAUUCAUAUCGGCCUCUUGUGUGUACAAGUUCAAGCAACAGACAGACCUACCAUGUCAGAUAUUGUUUCUUUUCUAUCAAAUGAUACAAUACAACUUCCCCAACCAAAGCAGUCAGCAUUCUUCAUCAAUGUGGUUGUGGAAGAGUCAGAACUUCCUUACAGCAAGCAAGAACAUCAUUCCUUAAAUGAUGUAACAAAUACUAGUAUUUAUGGAAGAUAA